UUUACAAAACUUCAGCUAAAGCUAAGAUGGGUUAUCCUCCUUGUCAAUCCAUAGGUUGCGGAAGUACAAAAGGUUUAUGGCCAGAAUUAGUUGGGAAGCCAGGUGCACAAGCCAAGGCGAUCAUAGAAAGAGAAGCACCUGGAGUGAGAGCAAUUAUCAUUCCAAAGGAGAGGCCACACACUGAUGAUUUUUGCUGUAAUCGUGUUUGGGUUUUUGUUAAUCAUGAUUCACAGAAGACGGUAGCCUGGACUCCUAAACUUGGGUAGCCAACAACUAUUAUUAUUGGAUUUAUUGACAAUAAUGUGAUAAACCUAUUUUAAUUCGAUAAAUAAAAAUGCUAAAUUAUUUUUCUUCCA